CGCCCCCGGACUUCAGAUCCGACCCGCAGAGUUGGAACGGUUUCUGCGCGAUUGCAGCCCCGGGUGGGUCAGGGGACAGUGACCGCCUUCGAGUUACAUUGAUGCGGCAGUGGAAGUGAGGGAGGCUCCGCGGGGCUGUUACACACCGACAUGUACCCGGGUAGGAAGCGGAGGAAACCGGCGCAGAGGACAGUGAAACCGGCGUUGGCCGAUGGAAUCAAAUCUAAUCCUUCCAAGAGGCACCGUGACAGGUUAAACUGUGAACUGGAUCGCCUGGCCAGGCUGCUACCUUUCACCGAAGAUGUGACCUCGAGCCUGGAUAAACUGUCCAUCCUCCGUCUCAGUGUCAGCUACAUGCGAUCCAAAACUUUCUUCCGGGUUGCCUUGAAGAACCACAGCUGCAACAAGAUUGCCGACGGAAGCGGUAACCACGGCAACAGGAAAGGGUUGGGAUUGGCGGACGGUGUCCUGCCAGAGGGAGAGCUUUUAUUGCAGGCUCUGAAUGGAUUUGUUCUGGUCGUCACAGCCGAUGGACUUAUUUUCUAUGUUUCCCAUACGAUUCAGGAUUACCUGGGAUUUCACCAGACUGAUGUCAUGCACCAAAGCGUGUAUGAGCUGGUUCAUACUGAAGACCAGCAGGAAAUACGCCGAAAUCUCCACUGGGCAUUGAACCCCCCCAGCAUCAGCAAAGCAGAGAAUGCUCUAACAGGUGAUGAAGCUACCUCAACAGCUAUAAUUUGCUACAACCCUGAACAAUUGCCGCCAGAGAAUACGUCAUUUCUCGAGAGGAAUUUUGUCUGUAGGUUUCGCUGUUUGUUGGAUAAUUCAUCCGGUUUCUUGGCUCUGAACUUUCAGGGGAGGUUGAAGUUCCUACAUGGACAGAAUAAGAAAGCAGAGGACGGUACUCCCAUCCCCUCUCAGCUGGCUCUGUUCGCUGUGGCAACCCCUCUCCAAUCUCCCUCCAUCUUGGAGAUUCGGACCAGGAAUAUGAUCUUCAGGACCAAGCACAAACUGGACUUCACCCCACUUGCGUGCGACGCCAAGGGGAAGAUUGUUCUGGGAUACACAGAGGCUGAGCUCCGAGCUCGAGGAACCGGAUACCAGUUUAUUCAUGCAGCAGAUAUGCUUCACUGCGCGGAAAAUCAUGUCCGGAUGAUUAAAACCGGAGAGAGUGGCCUGACCGUCUUCCGACUGCUUACCAAAGACAACCGAUGGGCCUGGGUUCAGGCAAAUGCGAGGCUGGUGUACAAAAAUGGCAGACCGGAUUAUAUCAUCGCGACUCAGAGGCCCCUAGUGGAUGAAGAGGGAGGGCAGGAGCUUCGUAAACGCUCGCUGCACCAGCCGUUCACCUUCACCACGGGAGAGGCGCUGCUCUACCAAGCAGCCUGCUCCGUCCCGGGAGUGGCUGACCCCUGGUGGGACGGAGGGAGAGGAGGCAGGGGCAGGAGGAGCUCGGCCAGCAAAGCCAGGAAGGGUCAGAGAAACGUGGACCCCAGCUCCCUGCUGGGCGCCAUGAUGCAUCAGGAUGAAUCUGCGUAUGUCUGCCACCCAGCGUCGGAUCCCAGGUAUCCCCAGGGCAGCCAGCCCGCUAGCACAGUUGGAGGUAACUGGCAGUGGCGUGCGAGUGACCCCGGUGAGGUGAGCCAGCAAGGGGUUGACACCGGGCACCUCGACCCCCUGCUAGCCACGUUGGACUCCCUCGACCCGGCUGCAGAGGACGGUUGUCUGAACAGUGACUUAUUCAGUGCUCUGGAAAACCUGGGAUUCGGAGCGGACGACCUGCAGCUCCUCCUGUUCGACGAGAGGACGGUGACAGUGGACACGGACCCGGGAUGCGUCCCCACGUUGAACGACGUUUGGACAAACAGGGAAAUUUUGUCCUACGUCCACGACUCGAUCGUGACGAAGAGUGGCCAGGAGUGCCCUGGAGCGCAGCCACACUUUCCGACUCCCAGUUUUUCUCAGACUGCCCUCUCAGACCCUUUGACGUAUCCCUGCAAAGCCCUAGGCAAUGAGGCUCAGUAUCCCUGCCUGCGUUCCCAACACUCCCUCCAUUCUGACCGACAGACAUCGCAGCAGUCAGGCCUGUUGCCGCAGGCCUACCAGAGUGACCGGGCCUUGGCUCAGUGUUUCCAAUCCAGCGAUGGGCAGCAGCCUCAAGAGAUGCAGGAAGAACCCACCCAUCAGCAGCUUAAGGUGCAUCUGCACACGCACCGCCAGUUCAAACCAAAGACUCACCAGCCAUUGCCUCUGGUCAACAGUAUGCUCUCUCGUAGCCCGGCAAACACCCAGCUGUUGGAUUACAGUUGCCAUUUGGCAGUUGAUCAGCCAAUUGUGGACAAUUUGGAUCACCUUCUUGGUUAUGAUCAGAGCAUGACUUCCUAUCAGCAGCUGCUCCCCAUGUGUCCGAGCGGGAUCACUCCGAGCACGGAUUCCCAUGUAACUGAGACACCUUGUAUGGAGUUAACGAUGAAUGAAGGAACUGGCAACGAUGGCCAUUACCGUAGUUUCCUGGCCACAUUGUCUACACAUCACACCUUACCACAGAAGCAGCAAGCUCAGGGGAUGCCUGUCUGCCAAUAUCAGCCCCUAAUUUCUUCCAGCAACCCAUUUGUGGACCUGUGUCCAGAGCAACAUUCGCUCACAGUGGAUCCUUAUGGAUUUUUCCCAGCAUCUGUACCUCAGGACAAUUCCCACCAGGUGGAGAGCAGCUGCAGUUUGGACACUGGAGACCUGGCAUUUGCUGGAGGUUAUGAACAUCCCAGUGGGAGCACAAUGCCCUCAGACAGGCUGCAAACCAUUGCGGGCAUUCAUGAAAACCCCUCUACAGCUGGCUAUUACCUUCAGGCACACCAAACUGGAAGGUCAGCUCAAGAUUUGCACCAGGAUGCAGAUUCGCAUAAAGAUGGAAGCUUUCCUGUUUAAGACAAGGCACUUUCACUUUUUGAAAUCAUGCCUGUUU